GAAGAACAAAUGGUUUGAAUCAUUUGUACAUAAUACUUAUAAGGUAAUUUGGGUGAUAUGAUCCAGAUGAAAGAGGAAGAAGAAAGAUUUCUGCAAUCUUCUCUUCUCCUUUCUUCUUCCUCGCACAUCAUUUCAUGUAUCACGUUUCCUAUCUCUAUAUAUGUAUAUUUAUUUAAAAAUAUCCAAUAGGAAACGUAAAAACACGAGGUAAAUAUCACCGCCGUCGCCGCCGUUCUCCUCCACCCCGGGUCCUUCUCCGUCAUCGUCAUCCGCCGCGCCCUCGCCAAAAAUGUAUGAAGUUGGUAUCAAUCAUGUGGAAGAUAGUUUGGAGCAUCCGCCUUCAUCUGCUGCAGCUGAGUGCCAGGAAUCAAUUGAUACAGUUAGAAAAGAGGGGCAAAGUGGACAAACUCAACAAGAAAGGAGAAAAAGGAAGUUGCCGUCAAAGUUCCCUUUGCUGAAUAUUUCCAGGAAUCUAGUAUUGGCAUACCAAAGUCUUGGGGUGGUAUAUGGAGAUUUGAGCACUUCACCACUUUAUGUCUAUAGGAGUAUAUUUGACGGGAAGUUGCAAGAUUAUCAGACUCCAGAAGCAAUAUUUGGUUCAUUUUCAUUGAUCUUCUGGACAAUAACACUCAUUCCUUUGCUCAAAUAUGUAUUUAUCGUGUUGUGUGCAGAUGAUAAUGGUGAAGGUGGAUCAUUUGCUCUUUACUCUCUGCUCUGUAGACAUGCAAAGUUUAGUCUGCUCCCCAACCAACAAGCAGCUGAUGAGGAGCUAUCUGCUUACAGAUAUGGCUACUCUGGGCAGUCUACAUCAUGUUUACAGUUGAAGAGAUUUCUUGAGAAGCAUAAAAAGUCACGUACAGUACUGCUUAUUAUCGUAUUAUUGGGGGCGUGUAUGGUCAUAGGUGAUGGUGUUCUGACACCUGCAAUGUCAGUUAUAUCAUCAAUGUCAGGAAUAAAGGCUGCUGCAGAACACCUAUCUCAUGAUGGAGUGCUGUUUCUUUCUUGCAUUAUAUUGGUUGGCCUGUUCGCUUUACAGCAUUCUGGAACCCACAGGGUUGGGUUUUUGUUUGCACCAAUAGUGAUCAUCUGGUUGAUAUCAAUUAUGGUCAUUGGGUUGUACAACACUGUCGUUUGGAAUCCUAAAGUUGUGGCUGCUCUUUCGCCCUAUUAUAUCGUCAAGUUUUUCAGGGAGACGGGAAAAGAUGGUUGGAUUUCUCUCGGAGGUGUCCUUCUCUCUGUUGCAGGUACUGAAGCAAUGUAUGCAGAUCUUGGUCAUUUCUCUGCCUUCUCCAUGAGGAUUACAUUUGCAUUUGUCGUGUAUCCAUGCUUGGUGAUACAGUACAUGGGUCAAGCUGCUUUUCUGUCCAAAAAUAUAGAUUCCCUUCCAAAUAACUUCUACAGUUCAAUACCUGAUAGAGUAUACUGGCCCGUUUUUGUUAUUGCAACCCUUGCAGCCAUUGUUGGCAGCCAAUCUAUCAUCACAGCCACAUUCUCAAUUGUCAAGCAAUGUAAUGCACUAGGUUGCUUCCCACGGGUCAAGAUUGUCCAUACCUCAAAGCAUAAAGGGCAGAUCUAUGUACCAGAAAUAAAUUGGAUCCUGAUGAUUCUUACUCUUGUUGUGGCUAUUGGGUUCCAAGAUACAACUUUAAUUGGAAAUGCAUAUGGGCUAGCUUGCAUGACAGUGAUGUUUAUCACGACAUUCCUCAUGACACUUGUUAUAAUCUUUGUCUGGCAAAGAAACAUAGUACUUGCCACUUCCUUUCUCCUGUUCUUCUGGUUCAUUGAAGGUUUCUACCUGUCUUCUGCAGUCAUUAAGGCUCCACAGGGAGGAUGGGUCUCUCUUUUGUUCUCUCUUGUCCUCUUAGCUAUCAUGCUUGUCUGGCACUAUGGAACUCGGAAGAAGUACAAGUAUGACCUGCACAACAAAGUUCCAUUGAAAUGGCUCCUUGGCUUGGGUCCCAGCCUUGGUAUUGUCCGUGUCCCUGGGAUAGGGCUAAUAUACUCUGAAUUGGUAACAGGAGUUCCACCUAUCUUCUCUCACUUUGUAACAAAUCUCCCUGCAUUUCACAAUGUGCUGGUGUUUGUGUGUGUCAAAUCUGUUCCUGUACCCCAUGUCUCAUCUGAUGAACGCUUCCUCAUUGGUCGCGUUGGUCCAAGACCAUAUCGCAUGUAUCGUUGCAUUGUUCGAUAUGGUUACAAGGACGCACAACAAGAUGAUGGGAACUUUGAGGACCUUCUCAUCCAAAGUCUAGCCGAGUUUAUCCAAAUGGAAGCUGUGGAACCACAAUUGUCGAGCUCCGAGAGUCCAUCUCUUGAUGGGAGGAUGGCAGUUAUAAGCAUGAGAAUUCUACAUUCGAGCUCACCAUUAAUCAUCUCAGACGAGGAUUUUGUUACGUGUAGCUCCAUUCAAAGCAGCAAGUCGCAGACACUUCAGAGUCUAAGAUCUUCCUAUGAAGAUGAGAACCCAGAAGUCAGGAGACGACGAGUCAGGUUUAACUUGCCAGAGAACCCUGGCAUAGAUCCUGAAGUUAGGGACGAGCUUCUAGAUUUGGUUCAAGCAAAGGAGGCAGGGGUUGCAUAUAUAAUGGGGCACUCGUACGUGAAGGCAAGGAGAUCGUCCUCUUUCUGGAAGAAACUUGCUGUUGACGUUGGAUACACAUUUCUGCGCAAGAACUGCAGGGGUACUGCUGUGGCACUUAACAUUCCUCACAUUAGUCUUAUUGAAGUUGGCAUGAUAUACCAUGUCUAGAGGGAAGCUGGUCGGCUUGGGACAAUUGUCUUGUGUCAUCCCUUUGUGGAGUUGCCUGCAGAGUUUUUGUCACACCUUAUACAUCUGAAUUUAUGGACUAUCAUACUGUCUUAUCGAAUUUUUGCUAGUAUACACCAACAGAAGAAAAAAAGAAAAAAAAGGAAUUAUAGUAUACAUUCAUGUAUUCAGCGGUUUAGAGACAGUAGUUACAAUUUAUUGGGUGAUCUAAAGUUUAUCAUUGAAAUUGCUAUGUAGCCUUUUGUUGCCGAAGA